AUGGAUAGAGCAAGUAGAUCAAGAUCUAGAUCGAGAGAGAACGGUACACCAGUUGGAGGUAACGGUGCAAACGGUGGUGGUGGAAACAGAUCAAAUUCACGUGAUCGUUCUGCCUCACGUGAUCGUAGUCGUGAUCGUUCCGACUCGAGAGGUGACAGAGGAGAUAGAGGAGAUAGAGGUGACAGCAAUGGUCUCGCCGAUCGUCGCAUCUAUGUCGGUCGUAUCAGCACCAGAACUUCAAGGGAGGAACUUCAAGAUAACUUCAAGAGAUUCGGUGAAGUUUUAAGUAUGGAUAUUAAAACUGGUUAUGCAUUCGUUGAAUUUAAAGAUGAAAAGAGUGCAAAUGAUGCUAUCAAUGCAAUGAACAACACUGAUUUGGAUGGUGAGAGAAUCAUCGUUCAAAAGUCACACGGUGGAAGAAAGAGAACUUCAGAUGAGUGCUACAUCUGUCGUGGUAGAGGUCAUUGGGCUAGAAGUUGUCCAAGAAACAAUUCAUCUGGAAGCAGUGGAGGAAGAGGUAGCAGAGAUAUCAAGUGCUACACUUGCAAUGGAUAUGGUCACAUUGCCAGAGAGUGCAGAGGAAGAAGAGAUUCUGGAUAUCAUCCAUAUAGAAGAUCACCAAGCAGAGAUAGAAGAAGAAACAGCAGAAGCAGAAGCAGAAGUAGAAGUGGAAGAAGAGAUAGAGAUAGAAGCAGAAGCAGAAGUGGAGGUAGAAGAGACAGAAGAGAGCGUGACAGAAGCAGAAGCAGAAGCGGUGGAAGAAGAGAGCGUGACAGAAGCAGAGAUAGUCGUAGAGAUAGAGAUAGAAGCAGAAGCGGUGGAAGAAGAGAAAGAGAGCGUGAUAGAUCACCAAGAAACUCAUCUCCAAGAAGAGACAAUGUUAACAAUGAUCACGGUCGUGUAAGUCCAACUCACUAA